GAUGGCUGAAGCUUGUUUACAGGGCGGUGUAGGCCGCAGCCUGGGGCUCUAGUUACCGCUCCGCCCCCCCCCUCGCCAAACCCCACCGGGAAGGCGCUUCAUGGGGCCAGUGUGAACCGGGGCCAUGUACUCCCCGCAGCGCCGGGACUUUCUGUCCGUGACUGUGAGCCAGGCCGAGGGGGGAGGCGGCUACAAUAACAGCAAGAGCUGGAGGAGAAAGUCCUGCUGGAGGAAAUGGAAGCAGCUGUCGAGGCUCCAGCGCAACAUCAUUUUGUUCCUGUGCGUCCUGCUCGCCGUCUGCGCCGUCGGGUCAUACUCCAACCUGGGGGAGCACUGGCGGGCCUUGACCAGCCAAUCAGAAGAGCAUUACGAGUCUCAGGAUGGGCCGGGGGUUAACCCUGCGCACAAAGCCGUGCUGCCGGCCCCCCAGAGGGCGGAGGACCCAGACCAGAUGUUGCUGAAACCCCCUGCUCAGAAACCCAAGAGACCCCACAAACGCGGCCCCCCCAACCUACAUCCCCCCCCACCCCCUUCACCGGUCCAGAAAGUAGAAGACAACGAGCAGAGGCCGGACCAAGCCGAGAACCCGCAGCCGGUAAUCAGCUGGCGCGGUGCCGUCAUAGAGCCGGUCCAACCCUCGGAACCUGCUGCGAACAAAGCGCCGGAGGCCACGGUGGCUCCGCCCAUUCCCAAUGAAAAGGAACCAGUCCCUGUCAACGAGCGCCAGGAGGCGGUGGUGGAGGCGUUCCGCCACGCUUGGAAGGGCUACACGGAACACGCGUGGGGGCACGACGAGCUGAAGCCCAUCUCUAAAUCCUACAGCGAGUGGUUCGGGCUCGGCCUGACCCUCAUCGACGCCCUCGACACCAUGUGGAUCAUGGGACUGAAGGAAGAGUUCGAGAAAGCCAGGGAGUGGGUCGGCAAGCAGCUCACCUUCGACAAGAACGUGGACGUCAACCUGUUCGAGAGCACCAUCCGGAUCCUGGGGGGGCUGCUGAGCACCUAUCACCUGACCAAAGACGCCCUCUUUCUAGAUAAAGCUAAAGACAUCGGGACCCGCUUGCUGCCGGCCUUCAACACUCCGUCCAAGGUGCCUUACUCAGACGUCAACAUCGGCCGCGGGACGGCGCACCCCCCCCGAUGGACCUCCGACAGCACCGUGGCCGAAGUGACCAGCGUCCAACUGGAAUUCCGGGAGCUGAGCAGGAUCACGGGGGACGACCGCUUUCAGAAAGCGGUGGAUCAGGUGACCCAGCACGUGCACAACCUGUCGGGGAAGCGGGAUGGCCUGGUGCCCAUGUUCAUCAACACCAACAGCGGGCAGUUCACCCACCUCGGGGUGUUCACUUUGGGCGCCCGAGCCGACAGUUACUACGAGUAUCUGCUCAAGCAGUGGAUCCAGAGCGGCAAGAAGGAGAACGGGUUCCUAGAAGAUUACAUGCAGGCCAUCGAGGGGGUGAAGAAGAAUCUCCUGCGCAAAUCCCACCCCAACCAGCUGACGUUUGUAGGGGAAUUGGCCCAUGGGCACUUCAGCCCCAAGAUGGACCACCUGGUGUGUUUCCUCCCCGGCACGCUGGCCCUGGGGGCGCACAACGGCAUCACAGCCGACCACAUGGACACGGCCGCCGCCCUGAUGGAAACCUGUUACCAGAUGUACAAGCAGAUGGAGACCGGCCUGAGCCCCGAGAUCUCCCACUUCUUCCUGAGCGGGGCGCAGAAGGGCAGUAAGGAUAUAGACGUGAAGCCGGCCGACCGACACAACCUCCUGCGCCCCGAGACGGUGGAAAGCCUCUUCUACAUGUACCGCUUCACGGGCGAUACCAAGUACCAGGACUGGGGGUGGGAGAUCCUGCAGAGUUUCAACAAACACACGCGGGUCACGGGUGGCGGCUUCACGUCCAUCAACAACGUGCAGAGUGCCGGCAACCCCGAGCCCCGCGACAAGAUGGAGAGCUUCUUCCUGGGCGAGACCCUCAAGUACCUGUACCUGCUCUUCUCCGACGACGUCGACCUCAUUAACCUGGACAAGUUCGUAUUCAACACGGAAGCCCACCCACUGCCCAUCUGGGAGUCAUAGCUCCUCCCACUGCCCAUCUGGGAGUCAUAGCUCCUCCCACUGGCCCCUCCUACCACACCCAUUUCCCAGGAGUUUAACCCGUGGGGUCGUUAUAACUGCUGGCGGCGCAUUAUCUGCACUUCCUGUGAAGAAGCCGCUUCCUACUCUGUGAUUGGGUAACCAGCUGUUCCUUCAACCAAUCACGAGCGGCUCGACCCAAAGUGCGGUUAUCAAGGCGUCUAACGACCCCCUCCCCCAAAGUGCUUACGCGGUUGGGUCGGACCUACCUCUGCGGUAUUGUCACGUGACUUUACAACACUCAGGUAUGGAGGGGGUUAAAGGAGGCGACAGUUAGGUCUGGCCCCUCCCUUGACGGUUUUUUCUGGCCAUAACUGGAUAUCAGGGGGCAGAAAGCGCCCCAGCGUUUUUAUUUUUACGGGAACACUGUGAAGCGCCACGCGGCGCGGGUGUAAAUAUUUCUUGGACUUUGGCGUCGGAUACGGAACCAUUUCUGUUUUUUUUUGUUUUUUUAAAGCGGUUUUUAAAUUCUGUUCUUAAUGGGCGGGACGUUGUUUGUACUGAGCCGCCGCCCCCCAGAAGCUUUUUCUAUGUUCUAUUUUCUCGUGGCGAGUACAGGGUUAUUUUUCUACAUUUUAUUUUUUUGUUCUGAUUGGCGCUAACGUCAUUCAUGGCGGAACAUUGAACAGAACAAGGGUGUGGCUGGGAGGCGGGGUGUGUAGCCUGGCUCCGCCUCCAUAUUUAUUUCAUGUCCAUGCCGGUGUUACAAUGGGCUGUGAAUACCGAGGUUCUGUGACAGGAGAAUUCCCAGGGACUGCGCCCCCUGCAGUUUGUGCUUUCUGGAUUCUUCCAAAUUUAUAGCCGAACCCAUAAUAAUCUGCCCCAGGCUGUGCCCCUCCUCUUCUGCAAUUAAUGCCCCAGCUCCAAGCUCCACCCUUUUCUUGCUGGUGCCACCCUGGGUAAGAACUGGCGCCAACCUGGGUGAGAACCCCUGCUGCCCUCUGCCACCCUGGUAAGAACAGGCGCCACACCUUUGCACCCUAGGUAAGAACAGGCGCCACCCUGGAUAAGAACCCCUGCCACCCUGGUUUAAGAAUGGGCAACACCCAUGGUAAGAAUGGGCGCCAACCCUUCUACUCUGGGUAAGAACCCCUGCCACCCUGGGUAAGAAUGGGCACCACCCUGGGUAAGAACCCCUGCCACCCUGGGUAAGAAUGGGCGCUACCCCCUUCUACUCUGGGUAAGAACCCCUGCCACCCUGGGUAAGAAUGGGCACCACCCCCUGCCACCCUGGGUGUGAACCCCUGCCACCCUGGGUGUGAACCCCUACCACCCUGGGUAUGAACCCCUGCCACCCUGGGUAUGAACCCCUGCCACCCUGGGUAUGAACCCCUACCACCCUGGGUAUGAACCCCUGCCACCCUGGGUAUGAACCCCCUACCACCCUGGGUAUGAACUCCUACCACCCUGGGUAAGAAUGGGCACCACCCCCUUCUACUCUGGGUAAGAACCCCUACCACCCUGGGUAUGAACCCCUACCACCCUGGGUAAGAAUGGGCACCACCCCCUUCUACUCUGGGUAUGAACCCCUGCCACCCUGGGUAUGAACCCCUGCCACCCUGGGUAUGAACCCCCUACCACCCUGGGUAUGAACCCCUGCUGCCCUCUGCCUCCCUUGGUAAUAAUGUGCGCCACCCCCUGCCUUUCUGGAUAAGAACCCCUACCACCCUGGGUAAGAAUGGGCACCACCCCCUUCUACCCUGGGUAAGAACUGGCACCAUCCUGGGUAAGAAUGGGCGCCACCCCCUUCUACCCUGGGUAAGAACUGGUGCCACCCUGGUUAGGAACCCCUGCUGCCCUCUGCCACCCUGGGUAAGAAUGUGCGCCACCCCCUGCCUUUCUGGAUAAGAACCCCUACCACCCUGGAUAAGAAUGGGCGCCGCCCCCUUCUACUCUGGGUGAGAACCCACCCCCUGGGAAGCCAGACCCCACUGUGGCGCAGCUCUCACAACUAAAUACCUUGGGGCAUUAUUUUUCUCCAGAGGGGGGUGCCAGGCUGGGAGGGCAAUGAUUGGGGUACAAUUUGCCCCCCCCUGCUGAUUAUACCUACACGUAGGUGUAGCUGCUGUGACAGUGAGGGGAAUAAGGCCACGCCCCCUCCGUUCCCAUCCAAUAACCACGCCCCCUGGCACAGAACCCCCCAACGUAUUACUGGGGCACCGCCGCCGGGCGUCUCUACACGAGGUUUCGGGGACUUUCAGGGAUCAAAUCAUAAAGCUUUUUUUUUUUUAUUUGUUUUAAACGCGGUCAAUCGAGUGCAGCAAUGAUUUCAGAAUAAUAUAUACGUUUGCUAGAGAAUUCUAUAUAAAUAUAUAUAUAUAUAUACUGGUUUCUGAUUGGGAGACGAAUCUCUGGGUAUUUCUGUUUGUUUUAUUUUAAUGUGUGUGUGGCCCCUCCCCCCAGGGGUACCUGAUCACCUGACCCCCCCCCCCCACUGAAAUGAAUUGAACCCUUUCUUGGGGGGGGGGGGCGGGUUGCUAUUUUCUGUUUACAGCCAAUGAUUGGUUCUUAUUAAUCAUUGGGCAGCUUUUAUUAAAGGGCCACUCCCUUUUCUUCUGGCCAAUUGGGUUGCUCCGGUGCUUCCUGGGCAGUGACCCCGGUGGGGGGCAGCACCGUGGGGCAAUCUAAUACCCCCCCCCCCCAAACAUAUGCCCCUGGGUGUGACUAAGGGCGGCCAAACAUGGGCCAAUGGAACACACCCAUUCGACCAAUUCAGCAGCUUAUUGGCCUGUUUAUAUGGCCAGCCGGACCAACAUCAGGACCACCAAUGGGCGUGGCAUCAGGUAGUGCCCGCCCCCAGUAUCCAUGGUUACAGUCAUACGUUGCCUUCCCAUAAGAGAAGCCAUUCCCGGGCCACUGCCACUGGUUCCGUUCAGAUUUGGGCCAAAGAUUCAGUGUUUCAGUGCCACGAUGGCGGGUGGGGGGUUAUGGGAUGGCACCCUGUGCGGGGUCACUACAUAUUGUCCAAUCACAGUAAAGGAAACAUGUAAUAUAAUAAAACUAUUCCAUUGA